AUGGAGUAUCAAUUCAUUACUUCUUUUGUCAACAACCCGAAAAGCCGCGCCUUUCGCAUAAGCAAUCUCGACAAUCUUGACAAUGAUGCCCAACAGUCUUCUAAACGUUCUCCGAACAACUUUGACCCUUUUUCUCAUGGUUCGAACCUUGAAAACCCUAUAAUAGCUUCUUCAGACGAAACAAAUUAUCAGAAUUCACAACGAAAAGGUGUUAGUUCGAAAGAGCCAAUAAUUAUUUCUUCAGACGAGGAAGACGACGGCAAUAAAAACCACUACGAGACAGACGAAGAGUCUGGUCUGUUUUCGCCUGACCCAAUUAAUAGAACCUCCACUAAUAGUACAGCUGAGGAAUAUUUCUCUCUAUUUUCUCCUGACACAAAUAAUCGAGCUUCUGCUAAUUCUGCUAAUGAUACAGCUGAGGGAUAUUUCUCUCUUGAAGACUCUGAAAAUGAGGAUGACUUGGAGAAUGCAUUGUUUGGGAGUUCUCAGACUCCUAGCAAAAUAAAAACUUUGUCUAACAAAAGAAAGAGUAACAGUGAAUUUCAAACAUCUCGUGUUAUUGCUAAUGAUAGAACUCAAUCGGAAAUCAUUCCGUUCCGCUAUGACGAAGUGAUACGGAGUAAAAAAGAACGUCGUCAAUUGAUGGCAGUUUCAUGUCCUGAUUGUUCAAAGUAUUUUGAAAUGACUAGCUCUACUCGACUUCCCGAUCAUGUAAAACCUGUUUGUCGUCAUCCAAAUAAGAACAAUGACGAUGAUAAUGACAUCAAUAACUUGGAUACGACAAAAAAUGAUCGCAUCCAACUUCUUUCACGUCACAGACAUCGAUUCUCACGUGCGCCCACUCCACCCGGAUUCUGGACGAUUGGUUUUCCAUCUUUAUCCGAUGAAGAGAAACGAAAAAAUGAACUGGAAGAAUAUAAAAGGAGAAGAGAGGCACGAAAAUUAACUGAGGAUGAAUGGGAGAGAUCUAGAAAACGACGAAAUGCAUACCGUACCAGAGUUUAUGGAAGUCAUAUUUCAAAGAAUUAUAAAUCUUCAUCAUCAUCAAAAACAACUUCGGAAAUUAUAUCAAAUUCUGCUGGAAUUCAACUUCAAAGUGAGUUCAUUUUGAUUCCUGAUGAUGAAAAGGAAAUAUCAACGACAAAUAAUAGAUCUUUUAUAAUAUUGGAAGCCAUCGAAGUACCAGACAGUGAUAACGAGAAAGAAGGUGACGGAAUCUCUCUAUAG